AUGAAUGAAGCCAGUUCAUCUAACAUUGAUGGUGUUUUGAAAAGGAAAAGACAUAACUCUGAAGGUUAUUUAUAUAAUGGUACUGUGUCUGGCAAGAGGAUGAAAAUUGACCAUAGUCCUGUUGAGCUCCCAAGUAUUUUAUCUAGAUCUAAAUUACACAGUUCAUCACAGUCAUCACAAUCUGAUGAUAGCGAGCAUCAAUAUUUUACUAAUUUACAAAGAAACUCCAGAGUACGAGCUAACUCGGAUCCAUUUCAAAUUAAUUCUGAAAAUAAUGAUUCCUUUCAACAAUUAAGUGUUGGUAAUAAUGGAAGUGUAGAACGACGGCCACUAUCUGAGUUACAAGUUCUGUCUCCAGACUCUCAUACAAUUUAUUCAGAUGAUAGGUCGGAAUCAGAAGCUAGUAGUCCUGCUCUCAGUGAACCUGCCCCAUUAUUAUCUGACAAUGAAUCAAGUCCAGAUUGUAUUGAUAGUUCUGAACCAAAGAAAAAUAUUGAAAAUGAUCCACCUACCUAUGUGCCUACUCCACGUUAUUCAAACAUUCAAGAAAGUGUGGGGAGUAACUUAGUUACUACUUGGAGCAAAUUUCGUGACAUGGCUAUCAACCAGAAACCAGUUGCAUUAAAUGACAGACCAUGUCCAUUACCAGAAAUCCCUUGGGGGAAACGUUCAGCUUUUUGGCAGAUGAUAUGUAAUAGAGAUUCUGCCACAUUAACUUAUAGGAAUCCUGAUUACCAUGAUUGUCAUGAACAUAUAACACCCCGAAUGAGAGCUAUUCUUUUAGAUUGGCUAAUUGAGGUGUCAUCUGUUUAUAAGCUACACCGAGAAACUUAUUAUUUAGCUAUGGAUUAUUUAGACCGAUAUUUAUCAAAUAGUGAUUCUAUUCCUAAACAAAAAUUACAACUCAUUGGAAUUACUUGUCUAUUUAUGGCUGCCAAAAUGGAAGAGAUUUACCCUCCUAAACUGACUGAAUUUGCUUACGUCACCGAUGGUGCAUGUACUGAUGAAGAUCUGUUAGAUAUGGAGAAAAUAUUAUUAAUGCAUUUGCGUUUCCGUUUAACGCCUGUUUCUAUAAACUAUUGGGUAGAAUUGAUGCUACAAUUCAUAUGUGUUGAUGAUAGUACAGCUGAAGACAGUUUGAUUGUUCCACAAUUUCCUCAAAAUUUAUUCAAUCAGGUGGCUCAUCUUUUAGAUCUAGCUAGUCUAGAUUUAACGAGUUUACGUUACUCUUACAGUGAAUUGGCAGCGUCUGCACUUACAAUAGUGCUUAAUAAAAAAAUUGCUUUAACCAUUUCCGGUUUAUCAGAAGGAAACGUAUAUAAUUGUGUUGAAUGGAUGUCUGUGUAUUGGAGUGUAAUUCUUGAAGAAUACCAGUAUGAAGAAAUUGAUUUUGAAAAUGAUUCAGAACAAGUAGAUGGCACCCAUGUUAAACAACAACACUUAGUCAGCAUGGAUAUGUAUGAUUUAGCACAGAGUAGAUUUGAACUUAUUCAAUUAUCUCGAGUAAAGGGUCCAGUAACUCCAUCAAACUUAUUAACACCGCCAUGGAGCGGUAAAAAAUAUCCUGUAACAGCUGAAGAGUGCAAACCCUCAUGUAGCUACAAAUGA